AAAUUCACGAAUAACACAAAACUUCGACCAACAACAAAACAGUUCUUGCAUCAAAUAGCGAAAAGGUGAAAAUGGAAGAGGUUUGUCGCAUUUGCACAAGCAAUUGCGUCUCUCUAGUAAAUAUCUUUGACCAGCUGGAGCAGGACCCUCCUCUGGUUGACAUGCUUAAUGAGUGCGGAAACUGUAAAAUAAGUCCUAAUGAUCCGUUGCCCCAGAACAUAUGCCUGGCCUGCAUAUUGGAUGCUCAGAAUGCAUUUCAGUUCAAACGCAGGUGUGAGCAGAGCCAGCAGUACUUUUGGCUGUUGUUAGACAUUGAAAACAAGAAGAAUUUGGAUUGGGAAAAAGACGUGCUACGUUCCCAGUGUUCUCUCGAAAUAAAAACAGAACCGUUGGAAAAUAACCCGCAAGAAAACUUUGUCGAUAACGAAAGCUUCCAAAAUAGUGGAAUAAGCACAGCUGAAGAGUUUCUAGUCGUUGAACAUAAAGGUUAUUCCGACUGCGAGGACGUCCCAAGUUCACAGUCUUUUCACGACGUUAAAGAAGAGCCAUUGGAAAGUACCCUGCCAGAAAACAAUGUCGAUAAAAAAGGCUUCGACCACAAUGGAGUAAGCUCAGCAGCAUCGUUGUGCGACCGACAGAACAACAUUGAUGAUAAAAACAAUUCAUAUUCAUGUCUAACGUGCGGGAAAGAGUUCAGCUAUAAAAAAGACCUAACAAAACACUCGCGGAUUCAUAACGGUCGUUACAAGUGCACCCACUGCUCGAAGGCUUUCUAUUCAUCAAGUACUUGCAAGUUGCACAUCCGACUUCACACUGGUGAACGUCCAUUCAAAUGUAAAUAUUGUACAGAAGCAUUUUUAAGAAAAGAUGACCUCAAAAGACACAUUUUCACACAUACCGGCGAGCGCCCGUACGAAUGUCCUCAGUGCUUAAAGCGAUUUACUCACCGCAGCAUUCUCACUAAGCACAUUCGAACACAUACCAAUGAGCGAAAACACAAAUGUCCACACUGCCAAAAGGCCUUUAGGGAUAACUACAAUCUCCAAGUACAUAUUCGCAGAUGUACUGGUGAACGGCCAUUCCAAUGUUUCGAAUGCCCAAAGGCCUUUGUGUUAAGAAAAGAACUACAGCUACACCAAAAAACUCACUUGGACUAUAGGAGUCCGAGUUGCCCAAAACCCGUCAGCACUAAGAGGAAGACGAUUGCCGUAAAAGCACCAAAAGAGAAUUCAAUACAUACAAAAUUAAGACUGUCCUUGGAUUUGCCUCAAUCGGAUAUCUUAUCAAUUGAGAUGCCAAACGCAGAUGAUAGUUCUGCAGAGCUGUCUGAAGAUACAACUAAUGAAGAAGGCAUCGAGGGAAGAAAAUCGAACUAUAUACGCACGUCCAGUCAGAAAAGUUUUCAGUGUUCGACUUGCGACAAGAGUUUUGCUACAAAGAGUCGUUUGACCCGACACUAUAGCGUCCAUACCAGUGAGCGUCCAUUUCAGUGUGAUCUUUGUUUAAAGUCGUUUAAACAAAAUGUAAGCCUCAUUCGGCACAGUGUUAUACAUACAAGAAAACAUCCUAGCACCUAGAAGGCUUAAGUACCCAUUGUAGAAAAUAACACCUAAUGUAAAUAAAAUCAUUU